CCCUCCCUGCCCCUCUCCGCGGCCGCCGUGGGGCCGGGCGGGCGGCGGGGGAGGCGCCGAGCCGGGACUGCGCGUUCGCCCGCCGCGCUCUGGGCGGCCCGACUGAGCGGCCGGACCUCGCGCCUCGCGCCUUGCUCCCCGCGCCGCAGCCGCAGCCGGCUUUUGUUGUCUCCGCCUCCUCGGCUGCCGCUGCCUCUGGACCACGAGCGGCGCGCGCUGGGACCUUGGCUCUGCCCUUCGUGCACACUGGGCUGAACCGGCCGGCCGGGACCGAGGGAGGCGCGCACGGGCGGCCAGGGAGCCGCGGGCCCCGCCAUGGAGCUCCGGGCCCGAGGCUGGUGGCUGCUGUGCGCGGCCGCCGCGCUGGUCGCCUGCGCCCGCGGGGACCCCGCCAGCAAGAGCCGGAGCUGCAGCGAAGUCCGCCAGAUCUACGGGGCUAAGGGCUUUAGCCUGAGCGAUGUGCCCCAGGCAGAGAUCUCGGGUGAGCACCUGCGGAUCUGCCCCCAGGGUUACACUUGCUGUACCAGUGAGAUGGAGGAGAACCUGGCCAACCACAGCCGGAUGGAGCUGGAGACCGCACUCCGUGACAGCAGUCGUGCCCUGCAGGCAACACUGGCCACCCAGCUGCAUGGCAUCGACGACCACUUCCAGCGCCUGCUGAAUGACUCGGAGCGCACGCUGCAGGAUGCCUUCCCUGGGGCCUUUGGGGACCUGUAUACACAGAACGCUCGGGCCUUCCGGGACCUGUAUGCUGAGCUGCGCCUCUACUACCGCGGGGCCAACUUGCACCUUGAGGAGACGCUGGCCGAGUUCUGGGCACGGCUGCUGGAGCGCCUCUUCAAGCAGCUGCACCCCCAGCUGCUGUCUGACGACUACAUGGACUGCCUGGGCAAGCAGGCGGAGGCGCUGAGGCCGUUUGGGGAUGCCCCUCGGGAACUGCGCCUGCGGGCCACCCGUGCAUUUGUGGCAGCACGCUCCUUCGUGCAGGGCCUGGGUGUGGCCAGUGACGUAGUCAGGAAGGUGGCCCAGGUACCUCUGGCCCCAGAAUGUUCUCGGGCCAUCAUGAAGUUGGUCUACUGUGCCCAUUGCCGGGGAGUCCCUGGUGCCCGGCCCUGCCCCGACUAUUGCCGAAAUGUGCUCAAAGGCUGCCUUGCCAACCAGGCCGACCUGGAUGCCGAGUGGAGGAACCUCCUGGACUCCAUGGUGCUCAUCACUGACAAGUUCUGGGGCCCGUCGGGUGCGGAGACCGUCAUUGGCAAUGUGCACAUAUGGCUGGCGGAGGCCAUCAACGCCCUCCAGGACAACAAGGACACACUCACAACUAAGGUGAUCCAGGGCUGCGGAAACCCCAAGGUCAAUUCCCCUGGCUCGGGGCCUGAGGAGAAACGUCGCCGUGGCAAACUGGCACUGCAGGAGAAGCCCUCCACAGGUACUCUGGAAAAGCUGGUCUCUGAGGCCAAGGCCCAGCUCCGAGACAUUCAGGACUUCUGGAUCAGCCUCCCGGGGACACUGUGUGCUGAGAAGAUGGCCAUGAGUCCCGCCAGUGAUGACCGCUGCUGGAAUGGGAUAUCCAAGGGCCGGUACCUACCUGAGGUGAUGGGUGAUGGACUGGCCAACCAGAUCAACAACCCUGAAGUGGAGGUGGACAUCACCAAGCCCGAUAUGACCAUCCGGCAGCAAAUCAUGCAGCUCAAGAUCAUGACCAACCGCUUACGUGGCGCCUAUGGCGGCAAUGACGUGGACUUCCAGGAUGCCAGUGAUGACGGCAGUGGCUCCGGCAGCGGUGGCGGAUGCCCAGAUGACACCUGUGGCCGGAGGGUCAGCAAGAAGAGCUCCAGCUCCCGGACCCCCUUGACCCAUGCCCUCCCCGGCCUGUCAGAACAGGAGGGACAGAAGACCUCAGCUGCCACCUGCCCAGAGCCCCACAGCUUCUUCAUGUUCUUCCUCUUCACCUUGGUCCUUGCUGCAGCCAGGCCCAGGUGGCGGUAACUGACCCCAGCCCCAAGGACUGUCUUGGCCAAAACAUGCAACAGACCGUAUUUAAUUCCCUUGGCCUUCGAGGUCCAGGGCAGGAUAAGGAGACAGUAGUUCUGAGUGCUGGGGCAGGGUGCAUGGGGUCCUGGCCUCCUGGGUCUGGCCGCGCCUGUCACCCUAGCUUUUAAUUUUGUAUCAGGUCAUCUGCGAGCCAGUGUCCCCAAAAGCCAUGUAUUUCAGGGACCUCAGGGGCACCGCUGGCUGCACACUCCUCCCCUAUCCUCCUGCACCACCCCAGAAGCUCACGAGGCCAACCAGAAGGGUGGCUGUUAGCUACAACCCAUCGGAGACCUCAAGUGAGCCUGUGCCUUCCUCUCCUGCCUCUUCCCACUGGGGACUCCCCUCCAGACCCCAUGGGCCACAGAUGUCAGAAAUUGAGGCCCAUCCCGCAGCGCCCCAGGAAGCCUGCAAGGGAUGCCAGUGUGUCGCUGACCAGGCUCUGGCAGGGCCUUCAAGUUUAUGCAUGAUAACUUCUACUCAGAAGCUCUGCAGCCAGGAUCCCCACACACACCAGACCAGGACCCUGGGCCAUGGCAGAGCUCAGUGAAUCUGGUUCUCAAAAAAGACCCAUGGUGGGGUUCCUCUAGUGUGACAUAGGUGAGGUAGCAGCUGGCAAGGCCACACUAGGCUCAACUCUGCCACCCCGUUUUGAGGGUAUGUUCCACCUCCUCAGAUGGGCUCGCAAAGACUGGCCUUGGGCGGGGGGGUCCACAUGAGGAGCCUCACUUCAGGGGAACAGCCAGCCACAUCUAGCCCCUAUCCCACGUAGGUCACCUGGCCACAGGGAUGCUGGGUGGCUGGUGAAACUUCAGCUCAGGGUCAAUGGGACCUGGCACUGCGGGUCAAGAGGAUGCCUGGGCCCCUUCCUGACCCAGGCAGCUCUGCAGGAGCUGGGGGAGCAUUGACAGUCAAGGGCUUUUACAGACGUGCACAUGCAGACCCUCAGUGUCCUUGUCCACUGAGUGCUACAUCUCAGUCUUCCUUGACAGCACUGGAGAGGCUCAGGGCACCACUUGGAGUCUGGUAUCUUCCUGUAGCCUUGAGACCUGGGAGCACCUGGCUUACCAAGGCUGUCAAAGCUCCAUCUUCCCUUCCAGGGCCUUGGGGAUGCUGAGUUGCUAUAUCCAGGAAAACAGUAGUCCUGACAUGCAGAAGGCCUGGAAAAAGGCUGCUUACCGCUUUUUUUUUUUUCCCUUUCUUUUUGUCACUGGGUUAGAGAGGCUACCGCCAGCACAUCACCAAGGCCUACCCAGUAGUUGGGUCCCCUGCCUGAUCCAGGAGGGGUAUUCUCCAUAGUUGGUCUGUGGAUUUGUUGGGCCUAUGCCCUGAGCACACUCACCCAGCACCGCCCUGCUAGUGCUACUCAGGCAAGGGCACCGGGAGCCAGACCUGGGCUCUGGGAUGAGUGCCUGGGUGUCAGGACAGCCAGCAUAGUGGCCAGGCUACUGUGUUCCUUUCUCCAUGAGGCUCCCUGUCACUCGGUGCCACUGGGUAAUGUGUGUUCUUUGAGUCCUUGUAUGAAUUAAAGGCUGGAGACCUACAGUGGA